GUCACUUUACUCCAAUGCGGAAGUGAUCGUCAUCGUUAGAGCUGUGAGUUGGAAGGUCUGUGAGAUGUGAUUAAAAUCGUUGUAAUUUCGGGAGUAGAUUAGGAUGAGAUUUCAUAUUUUGAAUGAAUAAAGGGUUGUACAUGAACAGUAUGUGUUUUCUGGAUCGACUGUGAGUAGGUCAGUGCUUUUAUAACCUCGCAGCUGUCACGAGCGCUUACAUUUUUCUGCCUGUCUCGUGAGUCAGGCUGAAUCAGUUUUAACCUGCAUGAAGAUGAAACAUUUUUGAAUUAUUUAAUAAUAAUAUAUUUUUUCUUUAGUUUAAUUAGUCAUUUAGCUAUUUUUAAAAAUCAUAGUUUAAGUUAGAUAAUCAGGUUAGGCGUCAAAAAUCUGUUAAAAAAUCUCAACUUAUUUUUAGCCCGUUCAAAGCCUGAAUAUGUCGUGGAUCAGAGAAGGAGAGUUAAACCUGCUGGAGAAGAUUUCUGCAAAUAUACUAAAGGUAAGGCCUGAAACUGCGGUUUUAUUUGCAUGAUUAUACAUCUGUGAUUGUCUGCACUUUCUGCAUCUCAUGGAUUUUUGGCACAUGAUCCAAAAAUACAUGAGAUCUUUUCCUCAAAAUAAUCAAGACUACCCACUGAUGGUUGAAAACCGGGUGAGUAGGCUCUGUACAUACAUAUUUUAAUAUGGAUGGACUCCUUUAGCCACUAGAGGUACUUAAAAAUCAAAAUUGUUUCAAAUACUUGAUGCUGAUUAUGUCUAAAUGCAGUUAAUCUUUACUUUACAAGCACAGCAUAUGAGGGCUUCACAUUCAAUCCCAAAUGUAUCCAUAUUGCAGUCUGAGCAUUUGCAAGAAAACAUCUCUAUAAGACCUUUGUAUGUUGCCCUAAAUAUGAAAUCUCUAAGUAAGGCUAUUGUACCAGUUAGAUAGAGGUAUGAAUUGUUUGGCUCUGAUUUUAUACCAUCAGAAGUUUGUGAUCUCACCUCAGAUUAAUUGGUGGUAAUUAAGUGAUAAAAAAACUGCUGAUUGGACGUAUCUGAAAUUCAGAGGAAACAUGUUGCAAACUCAGAUAAUGUGCAGAACAUCAGACAGACGAAAGAAACUGUGGGUUAUUAUGGCUAAUAUGUGCUUUUUAAUAUUAAUUUUUUAACACAGUAUUGAUCAGUGUUAUUUUUUCAUUUUCUGUAGGCGGAGGGUCAGAUUUUGCCACUUACAUCAAGACACACCACUGUUUCUGUGGUUUAAUUUCCUGAAUAUUUUCUAAUGCAUUACAUUUCGCAGAAAGAAAACAUUUGGCAGUUUUUUCCCAGUGUUGUGCAACAUCAUUGCCAAAAGAUUUUCGCUCAUCAACUCUUCAAAAUACUUCCAUACCGCUGACAUGCUGAAGCUCGCUCAUUGUUGGGGAACACAGAAGCAUCACCUUAGCCUUAAAUAUGCUGAUACCGAUGAUGAACUUUUAAGCUUUUAUCUGCUGAUACAAAUAUUACGCCAACUUAUGUGUCAGGGUUCAAAACAUAUGUGUCAGUAUGUAUCUUAAAAUCCCUUAUUUGCUGCAAGCGCCUGUAAGGGAUUUUGUCUAGUCAUGAGAUAGACUGAGAUGGAUAGUGUACAUCUGUAUGACCUACAAAAGCAAAUCAGAUCAUCAGCAACAAGAUUUAUUUUGUUCUGGAGCUAAUUUUCCUCACUGUAAAUGAUGGGCAGGGGUUGGAUGGGGUAGAGAUCUGCUUGAGUGAUAGAACCAACAGUUUUUAGAUGCCAGGAUGAGAUUUAUUGUUGGGUAACUGCACACUUUGACAUGUUUAGAACAGGAUCAGGUAAGGGACAACAGUGCCGCUCUGUCCACAAGAGGUCGCCAAAAUCAACCCAAACUGAAAGUUCUUCCCGGGAGCCCAAAGGCAAAUAUUUCACUCGCUAAGACGGAAAAUAGUUGGAGAAAUGCCAGCAAAUAGUUUAGGCAAAGUAAAGAACCCUUUUUCAUUGUUUUUGGUAACCAUUCAAUCAUAUUCAGUGUUCAGUCGUAAAAGACGAGCGAUCUUUCACAUUAGCAGCUAUAAAUGGAGAUUAUUUGACUCAUGAGCUCAGAAACUACAGAGUGCAGCUCUCCAAAGCUGUGCCGUUGGUUAAUUUUCUCCAUUGCUAUGAGCCAAAUCUCCUCCUUGUCCCUGAUCUUUACUGUGUCCCCCCCAGGCUGGACCCAUGCCCAAACAUGUGGCCUUCAUCAUGGAUGGAAACCGUCGCUUUGCUCGUAAGAAACACAUGGAGCGCCAGGAAGGGCACAUGCAGGGCUUCAACAAGCUGGCAGAGGUGAGGCUGUGACCUGAUUAAGAUCUGUCUUUUGUGCAGUGAUAAAAGAAUCCUGUCAGGUGUGUGUAACUCCUGCUCUCCACCUGUUCACUUUUACUCCAGACAUUACGUUGGUGCAAACAUCUGAAUAUCCAAGAGGUCACAGUGUACGCCUUCAGCAUCGAGAACUUCAAACGCACCAAAGAUGAAGUGGACGGGCUGAUGGAGCUGGCCAAGCAGAAAUUUGAGAAACUACUGGAGGAGCGGUGAGUUUAACAGAAGAAAUUUUAAGACCUUCAAUGAGUGGAGUAGCUCCUCAGUCUGUUGUUGCUUCCGUAACAAAUGAGGGGAACCAACAACUGCAUCGACUAUUGUGUAGAAUUUUCCUUGGACUUGUCCUGGAAUAUCCUUGAGUGCAGAAAAAAUGUGACACCAAAUUAAAAGUGUAUGAUAUCAAUUAUUUCUGUUGCUAUUUUUGCCCAUACUGACUUUCAUUGCAAGAACCAGCAAAUCUUUUAUGCAGUUGUUGUUUUUUUUUAUUCAUAUAGUAAUGCUGUAACUUUACACUUGAAUAUAAAUACACAAUCAGAUACCGGCACUGCAGGGGUGUUUGAAAUUCUAAAAAGAUAAGUUUAAAGGCAAUCUGAGAUAGAAACAUUUUAUUUUUUUAUUCUAUUUUUAUUAAUUAGUUCAAAAGAUCAGAGCAUGAUAUUAAAAAUAGAAAAAUAAUGCAUUUAAAGAGAAAAUACACGAGGAGAACGUUGAAAUCAGGUUUAAAAGGUCAAAGUAUGACUUAAAUUUAAAAUUGGAAUCUAAAGUAUAAAAAUGACACAAGUCCGAAUACUGAGUUGAACAAAAUCAAAGCAUGAAAUAAAAAAUCCAAUCAUGUUUGACUUGUAAUCUUGAAAUGCAAAAUUGAAAACAUGAAACAAAACACCAAAUAUCCCCCCCCACGUUCUUGACUAUUUAUCAAAUCUUCCUUACUCUAUAAUUUGCCAGAUUUUCGUGGCUUAUUAAGGACAUUUUAGAUAAUGGUGCUAAAGUUUACAUUAUCAUACUGGAGGAAAUCUGCAGACUUCAUACUGGUUGGCCAAUAAUAAUACAAGUAUGAUAUGAUCUUGUUGGCCAGAUAUAAUUGUUCCAUGGGCCAGAUUUGGCCCCCGAGCCUUGAGUUUGACACCUGUGGCCUGUAGUUAUUAUACAUUUGACAAUAAUGACUACUUUCCUGCUUUUUAGAACAGACUUUCUGCACAUCAUCAGUUUACAAUCUUGGGCUCUGUGAAGUCUUUCUAAAAGAGACACCGUGGUAUCAACAGUGUAAUCCUCUGUUCUGUCCCUUGUCUUAGCAACACAUACCACAGCUAAAAUGCAGGCUCGUUUCUCACUUUGCUCUCAGUCUCAUCCUUUUUCUAUGGUUUCAUCCCCAAUAAUGAAUACAACUUGUGAAAACAUCAAAUCAAAGUCACCUGUUGUAUUGCAAAUGUCCCUGACUCAUCCUGAAACCAACAGCGAUUCGACUUUUGCAGCUUUGUCAGUGUAAUUAAGAGAGCUGCUGUCUCAAAGAUGAUGCUGCAUGACUGAUGGCGAAGGCACCUUUUACACAAUAACUUAGGAUGCACAAUGCUUUUGGUGAAGUGUCAUUAUAAUGCGCCGAUCAGUAGAAACUCCUGCGAUGAAGCACCUUUGUGUUGGAGAUGCUGGCGGAAAUGUUUCAGGUGCUUGCAUAAACAGACCGCUCUUCUUCUCGUCCUUCCUGCUCGUCUUCAUGUUUUUCUCGUUUCUUUUUAUUCAUUCAUGAAAUCCUUUUGUCCCUCCUCUCCUUCAGGGAAAACCUGGAGAAGCACGGUGUGUGUAUCCGGGUGCUGGGCGACUUAAACAUGCUGCCACUUGACCUUCAGCAGCUCAUUGCCAAAGCUGUGGUCACAACCAAAUCCCAUAAUAAGUAUGUGUAAUUAUUUAAUAAUGACUCACUGCUGUAACUGUAAACAUUAAUGGCUUCACUUUUACAACCACACUAAGAUAGAUUGUAUUGUGUUGAUUGUAAGUAAACUGUGUGUGUUUCUGUGUGUUUUACAGAUGUUUCCUUAAUGUGUGCUUCGCCUACACGUCAAGAUAUGAAAUCACUAAUGCGGUCAGAGAGAUGGCGUGGGGAGUGGAGCAGGGACUGAUCAAAUCAAGGUAGGAACAGCACUGAUUUAAGCUCAUUGAUAACAGUACAACAGAGUUAUACUCAAAGUUGCUUUAAGUUGUUGUUUAUGUGUUAUUUUUCGAUGUUCAGUGAUGUUUCAGAAGCGCUGCUAAGUGAGUGUUUGUACAGCAAUAAUUCUCCAAAUCCUGACCUGCUCAUCCGCACGUCUGGAGAGGUGCGCCUCAGCGACUUUCUGCUCUGGCAGGUGAGGAUGUUGACAUCUUUAAUAUGUCUCUCCUGAAGCCAGAUCUCCUAUAAAACAUUAGAUUUUUUGCAGUAUCUGCUCAUAUGCAUGUCGAAGGGUUUAUAAGUAUGAGGGUGCUGUUUGCUACUGAAUAUGUAAAAUAUACUCGACAAACACUGAGCAGCUUUUCCUUUCUAACCUGCAUGUGUCCUCUCCGUCUGCAGACCUCCCACUCCUGUCUGGUGUUUCAGUCUGUUCUGUGGCCCGAGUACUCUUUCUGGAACCUGUGUGAAGCGAUUCUCCAGUUUCAGUUGAAUCACAAAUCCAUUCAGGUAAGGCUCAUAGUGAGAUGCAGUUUAUUUCCUGUCCUGUAAAAUUACAUAUUUACUUAUUUUGCCACAUGUCAAGAGACCAUUUCCUAGUCAGACAAAUCAACAAAACAAGGAUGCAUGAAAAGGACGUCCCAGAUAAGGGUCUUGGAGUUUUUAGUUGAAGAACAAGACAAAGAAAGAACAAGUAUAACCGAUUAUACAAAAUAAACACUUUACUUACAUAGAGUUCAUUCAUCAAAUGAGGUCAUGAAUUACUGUUUGAUCAAGAGCUUCAAGCAUAAUCAUUAUCCUGUUGAUAAAUAACAGUAAAAAGCUUAGUUUUAUGUCAUCUUUGAUAACACGCCUCCCUUCAGAAGUAUCACGCGUUAUGAGAACAAAAUCAUGAGUCAAACUUGCAUUUUCCCAGCUGUCAAAUAUCUAACGAUCACUUUUCUCUAUAGUGAUAUUGGGUUGUUGCAUUGGCUUGUAUAUGAGGCAGUUAUCAUUUCUGCACUGCCAUUUAUUGUUUGGAGGGCAUUUCUCCUGUUUUACCAUAUUUCUGUCAUUUCCUCCCAGCUGUAGAAACGCUAAAGCCUCUGAAAAGUCCUCCUCACUCCUGAUAACAGUUUUUUAUCUAUAAUAAUGAGCUCUCUGAAAGCCUAAAAUGCUUUGUGAAUCAUUUUUACCAGACUAAAAUGCCCGUCUUGUCCACUCUCUAGCAUCUUUUAGUAUUUUUUUCUUUCACUGAUAUCUUCUUUGCGCCCAUCAUGAUGAUUGCAAUGACAUUACAGAUCUGUGAUGGGUAAAAGAGCAGCUUUUCAUUCAGCAUAUUCUCCUUAAAGCUGUUCGAACUUCUCUCAGGAGAUCUUACUCACCUAAUCCAUGUCUUAUAUUAAAUGAAGGAGACUCUAGAGCAGGCAUGUCCAAACUAUUCCACAAAGGGCCACGUGGCUGCAGGUUUUUCUUCCAACCAAUCAAGAGCAGCAGUCUGACCUAUCAGCUGUCUGAAGACUGGGAUCAGCUGAUGAAAUGAAUCAAGUCUGGCGUGCUGCUUUCUUGGUUGGAAAGAAAACCUGCAGCCACACGGCCCUUUGUGGAAUAGUUUGAACAUGCCUGCUCUGGAGGGCAGAAUGGGUAUAAAAGAUGUUUCAUUUUUUCACUUUUAAGCAACCAUGGGAUUAAAAGGAUGGUAUUUAGGACCAGUGCAAACACUGUUGCUUUAACAGGAUGUUUGCAACAUCAAAGUGUUGCCUAAACACUGAAUUGACAGCUUGCUAACUGCAUAAACAUCAAACACUGUCUUUAUCAAACAUACAUCCUCUGCAGAAACCGUUGCAGGUCCCUUUAUCUGUUAUUCUGGUGAAAUUGUAGCUCAAAAAACACAUUUCUGAAUAUUUUAAGUGUUGUUAAAUUGUGACAAAGGCUUUUAUAAUCUCAUCACCUCCUUAUGGAUUCAGUUUGGUUUUCAGAGUCAGACUUUCUACCACAGACAAUACAGCAUUGUGAAAUGGUUGGUUUAUAUAACCAACCGUUAUAUAAUCUAUGUGUACCCUUUUAAGAAACAUCAACAUCAUCACUAGAACAAAACAUAGUUUUUAGAAAAUCUAAAUAAAAGCCAAUCCGAAGUGGCGUCACUAACUGCUGUUUUGGUGUGCUGUAUUUUAGAAAGCCAGAGACCUCCAUCGAGAGCACCAGGCCUUCCAGCAGCUGGAGGCGGAUCGUGCCUGUGCAGCAGAACACCUGCUGCAGCACGGGAACGGAAAGCCCAUCGACGCCCAGAGGAGACAGGAGGCACUGCUGCAUCAAACUGCCUGCAGGGAGGAACGAAUUCAAGACUUCUUACAAGCACUGAAGCACAAGAGAGACUCUUUCUUUAAUGACUUAACAAGCGAAGCCAUCCUGGCUUAAGGAGGGCUCCGAAAACAAACCCCAUGUUGAAGUGGGGACGAAACCUCUCCUGUCCUCUUCCUUAAAGGGCUGCUGCGGGAAAGAGAAAGAGUGAACAUUAUCUAGGAUGGUUUCUUCAUGUUGCUGAUUUGUAUGAGUUGAGAGGGCGAUUUUACCCCUAUGGGGCUGUAGAAAACAAAUGAGAUAUUUAUGAUUGUAGAUCUGAAAAACAAAAUCUAAUAUGUGAAAAUGUCUGGUCAAGAUUUAGUUAAAUUGUUGUGUAAAUUCUUUGUGAAACGCAUGCUUUUGAUCGGAAGUUCAAAUUCUGAGUGAAAGUCAGGGAUUCAGUGUUUCAGAGACGAUUCCAUCCAGAGUUUAUCGAUUCAGUCCAGUUUGAAAUUUUUCUGUUGAGUUGUAAGAAAGUGUUGUUUGUUUGGUGAAUGUGAUGUUAAUGACAUAACUAGAUUUUGACCAGCCUGCUUUAACAAAUUAAAUGAUUACUCUAUGUCAAACGGGA